CUGGAGUGGCCUUCGGUAAAGAAUGAAUCAUAUGUGCAAGCCUCAGUCUGGUAUCUCAUGGCUCUACAUCACUACCGUCAGGGUAACCACGAAGAAAUUGAAAAGUUUGCUAAGUUGUUUCUAACAAGUGGGCACGCUACUCUGGAUAGUCGAGUGACAGCUGGGGCAUGGGCCGUUUUGGGAUACAGCAGCGUAUACCGCAUCUUUCAGAUGGAUGAUGACUUGUUGUACUUGGAGUGGCCAUGGCAUGUUUUACCGUUUCAAGUGUCCGUCUUGGUUGAUAGCAAGAUAGGUGUUGUCUUCUUCCAGUUAGCCAAUACAUUGUAUCAAGUCGCCACACGUCUGUCUCGGUACUUUUUAACUACGAUUGGAGAUUAA